UUAAAGGUUCAAUUCUGGCCGUAGCAGGAGAAAUUGAUUUUCACCUCGAACAACUAAACAACCGAGAAAAAACCCACAUCGGAGAAGCUCCUACCGAACAAGAAGCCCAAACCGAAAGAAUGUUUAAAAGCACUUUUCGGCAAUUUUUAGAUAAAAGUAUUGAGCCGAGCAUGUUUAAUGCUAACACUAUCGACCAUCAUUACAGCCUGGGAGAGUUUUUUAAUCGGCUGACCGAGCCCAUAUUUUUUUAUCGAGUGGAACACACCAAUAACAAGGCUAAAUUGGCUGCUAAUGGCUUAUCCGUUCAAUGGCACAAAUACGGCAAUUUUGGCACGAAACAGG